GUUAAGUUAUUUUAUUUUUUAUGAUUGAUUUGGUAUUCUAAUCUGCUGCACACUUAUUAUUUUGAUAUUUUGUGACUUUUUCUAAAGAAAGUAAUGUGAAUGUUCUCUACUGUAAGAUUUACAUGUUUGAUCAAUACCCUCCAUUUGCGUUAUGUUGUACUUGAAGCCCUUUUACCCCUGAGGUCAUUAUAUAACUUCAACUAGCACUAGCACUGUUAUACAUUGUUUUUGUUCAUAUUUCAUAAUGGAAUAACAGCCUAGAUCAUCUUAUUAAAAACACUUUUACAGCGAGUAAAUAUCAUGUGUAUGAUCAAAUGUGCACUGAUAAUAGGACUAUUGACUACCAUUUUCCAUAGCCCAAUGAAUAACUAAUAAAAGAAAACCAAAUGCACUAUGGAGCCACGCAUACGUUCCGCUAUACGUUGAGUUACUAUCAAUGUUAAACCAAUAGGAAGUUGUCUUACUAUGCUAAACGUCGUAUCCUCUUGCUGAUUGGCUGACGUUUGUCUUGGUUUCCCUUAGUUUCCGCCUCCCCUCCAGUGUACUACAGGCGCGUGCUCAAGACGUUAGGAGCUCGAGAAACGAACAGAUUCUCCCCUGGACCGGUCCUCCACUCUGCUCAUUUCCCCACCCCACUCCUGUCAAACACACACGCACACACACACACACGCACUCACACGCACACAAACACACACACACACACACAUACACACACAAUGCAACCUAAACAGCUUCACACUCCUAGUUAGGUUCAUCCGGCCCCACCAAGUCCCCCGUCUCCCCUCCUCUCAUACACACACAUACACACUCACACACAAACAUACACACAGACAUACGCCCAGGCUUUCCUUGUAGUAGGGGCCGUCCCGAUCAUUCCUGCCAUGCUGAGCCAGGGGAUGGUGACCAGGCUGCGCUUGCCCGACAUGGACGACAUGGGCAAGUUCCUCCAGAGCCUUUCCGUCCCCACGCUAGUCAGCAUGGGGGCGGUGGCCGCCAUGACAACCUACUACCUGGCCACACGGCCCAAGGCCCUCCCGUCGCCCUGCGACCUCCGCACGCAGUCCCGGGAGAUCCAGGGCGGAGGCUUUGCGAGGGACUCGGUGCUUCUGAACGGAGACGGUCACAUGACCCACUUCUACGACGACGCCAGGACCAUGUACGAGUUCCUCCUCCGAGGGGUCCGAGUCUCCAACGACGGGCCGUGCCUUGGCUCCAGGAAGCCCAAGCAGCCCUACGAGUGGCUGAGCUACAGACAGGUGUUGGAGAAGGCAGAGCACCUGGGCUCCGCCCUCCUCCACAGAGGCCACUCCCAGAAGGGAGACCCCCACGUCGGCAUCUUCUCUCAGAACAGACCAGAGUGGACCAUCACCGAGCUGGCCUGCUAUACGUACUCUCUGGUGUCUGUCCCACUGUAUGACACGCUGGGGCUGGAGGCAAUCACCUACAUCCUCGACAAAGCCGUCCUCUCGACCAUCGUGUGCGACGUGGCGGCCAAGGUGGAGCUGGUGCUGGAGUGUGUGAGGGACAGGGAGCACACGGUGAAGACCAUCGUGCUGAUGGAGCCUCCUAGCAGCGACCUGGCCAGCAGGGGGCAGCAGGCCGGGAUCCAGAUACUCAGCCUGCAGGAGAUGGAGGCGAUCGGCGCAGCCAAUCACCGCCAGCCCAUUCCCCCACGACCUGAGGACAUGGCUAUCAUCUGCUUCACCAGUGGGACCACGGGGAAUCCUAAGGGAGCCAUGCUGACCCACGGGAACCUGGUUUCCAACUGCUCAGCCUUCAUCGGCAUCACCAACUCGUACUCCACCACCUCGUCCGGAGACGUGAUGAUCUCUUAUCUGCCUCUGGCCCACAUGUUUGAGAGGAUGGUGGAGGGCCUGCUGCUGGUGCACGGGGGCCGGAUCGGGUACUUCCAAGGGGACAUCCGGCUGCUGAUGGACGACCUGGCCACCCUGAAGCCCACCAUCUUCCCCGUGGUGCCCAGACUCCUCAACCGGAUGUUUGACAAGAUCUACGGGCAGGCCAACAGUUCGCUGAAGCGAUGGGUCCUGGGCUUUGCCUACCGGAGGAAGGAGGCGGAGCUGAAGAGAGGCAUCAUCCGGAGAGACAGCAUCUGGGACAGGCUGAUCUUCAGGAAGGUCCAGGACAGUCUUGGCGGUCGCGUGCGGCUCAUGAUAACUGGAGCCGCUCCAGUGUCUCCUACGGUGCUCACGUUCUUGAGAGCAGCGUUGGGCUGUCAGUUCUACGAAGGCUAUGGGCAGACAGAAUGCACCGCUGGAUGCACUUUAUCAAUGCCCGGUGACUUUAGCGCAGGCCACGUCGGUGCUCCCCUGCCCUGCAACGCCAUCAAACUGGUGGACGUGGCGGACAUGAACUACCUGGCCUCCAACGGGGAGGGAGAGGUGUGUGUGAAGGGCCCCAACGUGUUCAUAGGUUAUCUGAAGGACCCAGAGAAGACGGAGGAGGCCCUGGACGCAGACGGCUGGCUGCACACUGGGGACAUCGGGAAAUGGCUGCCGAACGGAACGCUGAAGAUCGUGGACAGGAAGAAGAACAUCUUCAAGCUGGCCCAGGGCGAGUACAUCGCGCCCGAGAAGAUCGAGAACGUCUACGUCCGCAGCGACGCCCUGGCCCAAGUCUUUGUGCACGGGGACAGCCUGCAGGCCUGCCUGGUAGCGGUGGUGGUCCCUGACCCAGACUUCCUGUGUGGCUGGGUGAAGAAGUGCCUGGGGUUGGAGGGCAGCUACCUGGAGCUGAGUGGAAGACAGGAGGUGAAGGCGGCCAUCCUGGAUGACCUGCUGACCAUUGGCAAGCAAGCAGGCCUCAAGUCCUUUGAGCAGGUGAAGGCCAUCCAUGUCCACGACCAGAUGUUCUCCGUCCAGAACGGCCUGCUCACCCCCACGCUGAAGGCCAAGAGGAACGAGCUGCAGGCGCGCUUCAGGGCCCAGAUCGAUGAGCUGUACGCCGGGGUGAGGAUGUAGCAGGAGGGGGCGUGUUGGGGACCCCUAGCUACACCGGGGUCCAGAUGUAGCAGGAGGGGCGUGUUGGGGACCCCUAGCUACACCGGGGUCCAGAUGUAGCAGGAGGGGCGUGUUGGGGACCCCUAGCUACACCGGGGUCCAGAUGUAGCAGGAGGGGCGU